AUGAAUGCAAUUGCGCACCACUACACAAGCAUGGCAUCACUCUCGGCGGCAGCACUACUACUGACCAUCUCGGCGUCGGGCCUGAUACUACUGCUGCCGCUUUCUGCUGCGGCAGCGGCUUCGCCUCCAUCUCCGGAUCCCAUAAUAGGUAUGCCGGGCUGCGAGACCAGGUGCGGCGACAUGGAGGUGCCGUACCCAUUCGGCAUGGGCCCGGCCAGGUGCUACCGGCCGGGGUUCAACCUCACCUGCGACUUCGCGAUGGAGCCCGCACGGCUCCUCCUAGGCGACGGCACGCUUCAGGUUGAAUCCAUACACCUAUCUCUGCCAAUGGUGUAUGUCCUCCGCAGCCCGGGGGACAUACAAAUCGACGCAGGGUGGAGGGGCUCGCUCGGUGGCGGGCUUGGCGACGACGGACCUUACUCGCUGAGUAGCAACCCAGUCAACAACGAGCUUACCCUCGUGGGUUGCAACGUGCAGGCCACUCUGAAGAAUGGCAACAUCACCAUGAGCAGCUGUACAUCAUUGUGUGUAGACGGUGAUGCACCGUUUACUGCAGAGUCGUGCUCUGGUUUGGGCUGCUGCCAAGCGCCCAUCGUCAUAAACCGCAAGGUGGAUGCUGGAAAUAAGCUUGUGAACAUCACGUCCUAUGACGUGGAACUCACCUAUUUCGGAUGGAACCAGACCGCCGACAGCAAGUGGCCUCCAGGUGUGUUCGUCACCAAACAGGGGUGGUUUGCCUCGCGUGAACCGUUACAAAUACUGAUGGAAACACAAGUUUCCUUUAAGCUGGAUUGGGAGAUCCUCACCAGUGGAGCAGGUAGAGACAGGAAUCCCCUUGAGUGCUCCAGGGCCGCAGCUCUCAGUGUCUGCAAGAGCAAACACAGCGACUGCUCAAGGGGUACAAGAGGAGGAUAUGUGUGCUCCUGCAAGAGUGGUUUCACAGGCAAUCCCUACGUCCCAAAUGGAUGCAAAGAUAUCAACGAGUGCGACGAUCCACUACACAAUACACAAUGCUACGGUAAAUGCAUCAAUACGAUGGGGUCGUUUGACUGCAGGUGCCCGCUAGGAGCCUAUGGCAAUCCUAAGGUGCCCGGUGGCUGCUUCUACAGUCCCUUCACAAGUGUGUGUAGCACAUCCUGCGGAAACAUGAGUGUGCCAUACCCGUUCGGCAUAGAUUCGCCCAACUGCGCCUUGCCGGGGUUGAAACUCACCUGCAACAUGUUGUACAGCGCCCCGCGACUGAUGCUCGGUACCCUCCGUGUUGUGGAGAUCUCCCUUCCCAACAGCACGGUGACGGUCAUCAACACCGACCCAGUCCUUGAUCUCUAUGGUGGAGUGUCAUCCCCACGUAUGAUGGAGCCUUUCAGGAGCGAGGACAGUGGAGACAUGACGCCCUUCUCUCUAUCGACCGUCAACGAGCUCAUUCUCAUCGGUUGCAGCGUGCAGGCGGCACUGACCGUAGCUGGCAGCAAUCAGGCCAUCCUUAGCGGUUGCGCCACUUUCUGCUCGUCAGAUGAGCACGGCACCUACCAUGACCCCGUCGUGGUUGCUGCUAACGACAACGAUGGCGAUGAUCAGUACUGCAAUGGCAGAGGCUGCUGCCAGGCACACAUCUCCAUGUCCAGGUACGGCAUGCCCAAUGAAUUCUGGAUCAAUUGGACAGACUCCAAUGUUGUCAAGGACGAGACUUGGCCGCACUCAUAUGCGUUCGUCGCAAAGGAGGGGUGGUUCGGUAAGCGCCGCGUCUCUGCCGAGAUUCUGCAUCUCCGGUCCCCAACGCCAGAUGUCCCUGUUACGGGUCUGGAAGUUCCCAUGGUUCUGGACUGGGAGGUGUUGCAAUUGCAAACGCCGGCCGCUGCCAAAGUGGGCAGGAAGCAACAUGUCAACUGUCCCGGCAUCUGCACGAGCAAGAACAGCCUCUGUAAACCAAAGAUGAGAGGCUAUACGUGCCAGUGCAGAGAGGGUUAUGAAGGGAACCCUUACCACCCCAAGGGAUGCACAGGUGGCCGCAAGAUUUUUAAAGGCAUGAACGUCUUUAUAGGUGUUGCCACUGGAUUUGGCAUUGUGCUUUUAGUGCUCGGAGCAUUUGUCAUUUCAAAGAAACUGAAACAUGGAAAAGCACAAAUAAUGAAGCGGAAGUUCUUUGAGCAGAACCGUGGGCAAUUGUUACAGCAGUUGGUAUCUCAGAGAGCUGAUAUUGCAGAAAGAAUGAUCAUAUCGUUGGAAGAGUUAGAGAAGGCAACCAACAAUUUUGAUAAAGCCCGUGAACUUGGUGGAGGGCAUGGCACAGUAUACAAAGGUAUUUUAUCCGACCUCCAUGUUGUGGCCAUAAAAAAACCCAAGAAGGUGGUACAGAAACAGCAAGAGAUUCGUGAGUUUAUCAAUGAGGUAGCUGUCCUAUCACAAAUCAACCAUAGAAAUGUAGUAAAAUUAUAUAGUUGUUGCCUUGAAACUGAAGUUCCGAUGUUGGUCUAUGAGUUCAUAUCUAAUGGGACCCUUUACAAGCAUCUUCAUGCCAGAGGACCAAAAUCAUUGUCUUGGGCUGACAGGCUGCGGAUAGCCAUUGAGGCAGCAAAAUCUCUUGCAUAUCUUCACUCAGCUGCUGCUAUACCAAUCAUUCAUAGAGAUGUCAAGUCUGCUAAUAUACUUCUAGAUGAUACUCUAACAGCAAAGGUAGCAGAUUUUGGAGCAUCAAGGUACAUUCCGAUGGAUAUAUCUGGGGUUACAACAAGGGCUCAAGGUACGAGAGGAUAUUGGGAUCCUACUUACUUUUACACAGGGCGGCUAACUGAAAAAAGUGAUGUUUACAGCUUUGGGGUCGUCCUUGUGGAGCUGCUAACUAGAGAGAAACCAUUCUCAUAUUUGUCAGCAGAAGACGAGAGUCUUGUUACACAUUUUGCCGCCUUGUUUGAAAGAGGCCAAUUGCUGCAGAUUUUGGAUCCACAAGUCAUAGAGGAAGGAGACAAACAAGUUGAAGAAGUGGCUAGUAUUGCAUUAGCCUGCGUAAAGUUAAACAGAGAGGAUCGUCCGACCAUGAGACAGGUGGAGCUGAUGCUGGAAGGCACACGUGUAUCUAUGGGGCAAACUUCCAAUAAUGCAUCUCCAUCUACAAAAGUUGAAAGGAACACUAGAGGGUCGAUCAGACGAUACAGUAUGGAACUUGAGUUCAGGUUAUCUGCAGAGCACCCUCGGUAG